UGUAUGUGCUAACUCUGGGGAAGUUCACUCCGCUCGCGCUGUUCUGUGUGAUCAUGGCUGCACUGGACCACACCAGCCAUGUUUGCUAAUUUAAAACCCAAAGGUUGGGGGGACAGUUGUUUAUUAUUUAUCGCCGUGGCGUCUUCAGACGUACUUGUGUAAAGACGAAGGUUCUCUGGAAGCGUCUGCGCCCCGGACAGCCCCGGACUGAAAGAUGGAGUCAAAUAAUCAUUUCAACUAUGGCACCCACUCCUCAGCAAACUCAGGACUGAAACGCUCCUCAGGGGAUUCUCUUUAUACUAACGGGUCCUCCAUGAGUUUUCCUCAGCAGGGAAAGAAUAUGAAUGGUGAGAUUAAUGUGAAUGGCACCACUACUGUACUCGGGUCUGGUGUGCCUAGUUCCCACCCACCAUCAGCUCCUUACCCACACAUGAGCAACCACCACCAGAGCAGCAUGGCCUUUGACUACCUGUGGGGGGGGCACCCUCAGUAUGGUCCAGCCAUGGGCUCAUCUCCAGGGCAGGGGAUGCAUCAGAAGCAGCCUGCACCUGGGAUGACGCAGCCUCAGUCACAGCACCACUUCCAGGGUCAUGGACAGUACCAACUGAACGGGGGUAUUGAAAGCUCCCACCAACCCCCUGUGCCAGGCCCGCCAAACAUGCCCCUAACUGGGAGUCAGUACUGGAACAGGAGUAACCCUGGCCCACAGCAGAUAGGUUAUAAUUCUCACAGUAUGUAUGGGACCUAUCAGAGUCCGGCCCAUCCCGGGAUUACACCGUCACAGCAUCACCAGCAGCAGUCCUUACAGCCUCCCCCACAUCAACCAUCACAGCAGCACCUCCACUCUCACCCACACCAACACCACCAGCAGCACCAGCAACCGCAGCAUUAUGGCCUGAUGCCCAAUGGGAUGCCCUACUACCAGCAUCAGCACCAGACCCUACCAUCUCCUCAGCCGCUGCAGUCGCAGCCUCAAGGCCCAGCUCAGCUGAAGCCCCCAGCAGCCCAGAACUUUACGCCUCCACGCGGCAGCCCGCAGCACCACAGUUUAGGCAGAGCAGGAACUGGCAGCCCUCUCCCUGUGGGAAUGACCUCUGCAACAAUAAUAUCACCAUCAACAGUGCAGGACAGUGGAUCACCCAAGAGCCACAACAGGGAUAGCAGCAUGGGAAUGUCGUCUGUCAUGCAAGGGCAUACAAGGGAAACCAUCAAGGACGUAGACACAAGCUAUAAUGGCAGUGAAAGAGCACCUGUUGCUCAGAGGCUUUCCAAAGCUGACAGUUACCAAUCCAAACCCUCUGCCACUCUUGUGGGACCUACAAGUGAUUAUCGACAGAACUCAGAGAUGGCUUCUCCUAUCCGAGACGCAGCCCCUAAUCCACCUCCCCAGUGUGUGUCGUCUCAGCUUUCCACAGCUCCAUCCCCUCCAGCUGUGUCAGCAUCACUAACAAAGUCCUCUUCAGCUCCUCCUGUCUCUGGAUCUCCAAAAUCUGCGCCUGGGCCUCCAAAUGUUUCAUUCCCUGAUGUAGAAUCUACUCCACCACAGAUUUUAGCAUCUCCCACUGUGUCCUCUGUGCAAGGCAUUAGACCCCUUACUUCUGGUCAGACUGAAAUGGGCCCCGCUGGAUCCAAGCAUCUGUCAGCAGGGUCCUCUUCCUCCUCCCUGCCAACGUCACCUCUGAAGUUGACUACACCUUCAGGUUCGACAACUAUAGAGCCCAGACCUACCACAGCUUCCUCUGUUCCUCCUGUCUCUUCCUCUUCAUUGGAGUCUGUGUCUCAUCAGUCAAACUUGUCUCCUAAAGCUUCUGUUCCUAGUGCGGCUGUCACCUCAGCAGAAACAGUGUCCACGUCUUUCUCGGUGUCUGCGCCCAUCUCGUCUCUUCAGCAAAUGGUUCAAAGUUCCAGCCUGUCUUGCUUUCCCGAUAAAUCUGGAGCGCAGCAUGAAAUGCCAGGACCCCCAAAAUUGAUUACUGCCACUUCAUCUGCAGGUGUGAAAUAUUCAUCAGCUGGUCUGGUUCCACCUCUCGUGUCAAUAUCAGGAGCUUUGACGUCAGCACCAUCUAACUCUUGUUUAUCAACAUCUGCAUCUCCUGGCUCUGUAUCAAUUAUGCCUUCAGUUGUCAAUGAACCUUGUGAACCACCUCUCACACCCCAUCACCAGACACGCACUCCUCCAGCUAUCAACACUGGUCUUUCCACUGCCUCUGCAGCAGCACCGUCACCACCAGGAGAGGGGAAUUCACCUUCCCUGUCAGCUCAUGAAGGUCCUACAGUCAAACCUCUGUCUACCCUACCUCUUCUAACCACUCAAGCCUCCAGGACUGCACCUAUGUCCGCCCCUCCUGCCUUGGUGUCUUUGCCUUCUGCAAUGGGUACGUCUUCAGGAGUGGUCCAAAGUUAUGACUCUGAGCAGCAUCCACCUAAUACCACUCCUCCUCCUGCACUGAAGCACCAUGGUCAUAGUGAGGAUAGGAAGGUGUUCAGUAAAAAAAGAAAUGGAAAACCAGAGGAACACCUCCCCCAGCUUGAUUCAACCACGAGGACACCUCAGAAGGUGGAAGCGCCUGAUAUUAAUACAUCUGAAAUUUUCUCUCAUAAAUCCCACACUGAUCUUCCGAGGAAGUCUUUGCAGACCACAGUUGCUUCUGAUCAAAUGGCCAAGAAUAAACAGAAGGACUAUGAAAAACACCAAAUGCAAAGCAGUGUCAGCGAAACAGAGGACUCCACGAUGGAGCAAACUCAACCCAGAAAGUCACCACAGCAUCACAGCAUGAGGGUAGAACAUCUGACUGAAGACAGUUUGGAUAACUCUUCACAUGCUGCUUCUCAAUUUGAUAACAGUUCAACAUGUGACACCCCUUCAAGACUCGAAGUCAGCUCUGUCUUUGAAAAGUCGUCUAUUUUUGAUGGUGACAGCUUGUGCACAGAUGACUCUGCUAACUUUGGCAACAGCUCGUACCUGAGAAAGGACACUUGUCAGUUUGACAGCACCUCAAAUGCCGAAGGGGAACCAUCGACUGCGUAUGACAGCACUAGAGACAGCAGCUUCUCCAUGGAAGACUCCAGAGAUAACAUGUUGGACUCCACUAGAGACGAGGAAACCUCUGAGGCAGAAGAGACCAAAAACACUUCCCAAAUCCCCGGAGAAUCCAUGUUGGAGUCUUCUCUAAACAGCUCUGCACAGAUAGACGAGACCUCUGUCGACUCAACUGAUGGGUCCAAGCCACGCUUAUUAGUGCCGUCUCAGAGUGGUCGUCAAGGGCCUGAAGCUGAGUGGGAGCCCAGAGGACAUCAUACACCCGACUUAGCUGGACGGAUAAGCGUGAAGACCACUGUUAACGAUUCAGUGACUCUGCCAAAUUUCAACAUGAGAGAUGAGAACUUCAUCGCCUUCAGUACGCCAGUAAAGAGCCCUGCUGUGCACCCACUUCAACCAGUAACUGAUCAGAUGAUGUCAGCUCCCGAAGGACAUCUGACAACCCCAGGAAAACCACGCAAACCUCGAACUCCAAAGGCAAUAUGGAUUAAAACCCCAGUUCCUGAGGGGGCCCAGCGAAAGCCUCGGGCUCGAACUCCUAAGGUGGAGAAACUCAAGACCGGUGAAGAAGUUGGGGCAGCCACAAGCAGGAAGAGGAAGAAGUCCCUCAAAGUGGAUGUAAAAGAAACAUCAGAUGUAUCUGGAGAGGCUGGGCCUCCUACUGAUGAGCUUGAUUCAAUCACAGCCACCAUUGAAGCUGUUCUGGCCAAUGCUUCAGCCAUUAACACAACAGCCGUGAAACUCAAGAAGGCGAAAAGGGUUAAAAAACAAGACCAAGAGGGAACCGUGGGGAAAACACCCAAACACGAUGCCGGAACUGCUGCUGAUGAAAAUGAUGAUGACAGUUCAACUGCAGGAGAAUCAAACAGAAGGAGAGUUGCAACAGAGGAGCAGGUCCAGUUUCCAUUGUCUCAUGGGUGGAAGAGGGAGAUUCGAGUGAAGAAAAUGGAGAAUCGCAUGAAGGGGGAAACCUGGUACUACACACCUUGUGGAAGAAGGAUGAAGCAGUUCCCUGAAAUAAUCAAGUACUUGAAGAGACGCACGGACAGCGUGGUCUCCAGAGAACACUUCAGCUUUAGCCCACGCAUGCCUAUCGGAGACUUCUACGAAGAGAGAGAAACUCCUGAGGGUGUGAAGUGGGUCCUCUUGGCGAAUGAGGAAGUUCCUUCCAUGAUCAUGGCCAUCACCGGCCGGCGAGGUCGACCUCCAAACCCAGAUAAAGAGAAACCUCGCAGAGCUCGUGGCCUGAAGGGAGGGCAGACCCGCCGACCCGGUAGACCUCCCAAACCCAAGAUGAUCGACCUCCUUAGCAAAGUUGAUGCCAAGCUGUUGAAUCGACUUGAAGCUAAGGAAGCUCUUACGGAGGAGGAAAAGGAGAAACUUGCAAAAAUCAAAAAGAAAAUGAAGAAAAAGGUUUGUAAUCCAGACUUAAAAUUGUGUCCGUUCUGCUGUUAAGAUCUCAUACUGACUUUGCUGCUGCUGUUCAUAUUUUAGGCAAGAAUGAAGAGAAGGCAGGAUGCUAAGAUUAAGAAGAUAAAAGAUGAAAAAAAGAAAGCCAAGCUUGAGCAAAAGGGCCUGGAGCUGAAGGCUGAAUCAACCGACCCAGCGGCCCCACAGGUCGCACAGCCCUCAGAGUCUGCACCAGAGCCCAAGAAGCCAGGCCGCAGAAGAUCAGCCAAGGUUGUGGCUCCUCCACCAGUACGGCAGACAGACGAGGAAAGAAUAGCCCAGGGUAAGAGGGUUCUGGGUGCUCGGAGUAAAGCAAAGGCUCUGGCUAAAGCUCAGGCAGAGGCGGAGGCUGCAGCUCAAGCUGCUCUGUCAGCUAAGAGGGCAGCAGAGAGGAGAGUGCAGGCCCAGAGGCGUCUGGAGGAACGAAAGAGGCAGCAGUUGAUUGCAGAUGAGCUGAAGAAGCCCACAGAGGACAUGUGUCUUACUGACCACAAACCCCUGCCAGAGCUGUCCCGUAUUCCUGGUGUGGUUCUCUCUGGCACAGCCUUUGCACACUGCCUGGCUGUGGUUGAGUUUCUCCAUGGUUAUGGAAAACUGAUCGGCCUCAAUAUACCCAAGGACAUUCCCAGCCUCGCUACCCUACAGGAAGGCCUCCUGGGCCUGGGCGACAGCCAAGGAGAAGUCCAAGACCUACUGAUAAAGCUGAUGGAGGCUGCACUCCAUGACCCAGGCCUGCCGUCAUAUUAUCAGUCUGUAAAGAUCCUUGGGGACAAGCUGGUGGAGUUAGAGCUGACCCGCAGCACGGUUUCAGAAGUUCUUCGUAUCUUUUUGGAAUCUCAUGGUUAUGAGACGGAGGUGUGCAACACGCUGAGGACCAAAACAUUUCACGCCCUCCCCCCUGAUACCAAGGCAGCCAUCCUGGGCUUCGUGGUGGAAGAGCUUAACAGCAGCAACAUUGUGACGAGUGACAUUGACAACACUUUGGAAAACAUGGCAACCUACAGGAAGAACAAGUGGAUCAUUGAGGGGAAAUUACGCAAACUGAAGGUAGCACUCGCGCGUCGUACAGGACGCUCAGAGGAAGAGCUGUGUUUUGAGGAGAGGCGCCGCAGUGCCAGGGUGGCUGAGGAAGAGAACCUCUCUCUGGAGGAGAGCGGGGUGGUACUAGAGAGAAGCAACCGCCGCGCACGCAAAGAAGAACCAAAACUCAGCGAUAGUGAGAGUCCAACCAAUGCCAGCAUUCCAGAGCUUGAGAGGCAGAUCGAUAAGCUGACCAAGCGCCAAGCAUUUUUCCGUAAAAAGCUGCUACAAACGUCUCAUUCCAUGCGGGCCAUUUUGCUGGGUCAGGACCGGUACAGGCGCAGAUACUUGGCUUUGCCUCACCUCGGAGGAGUUCUAGUAGAGGGACCAGAGGAGCUCUUGACUUCUGGAGAUGUCCUUGUAGCUGAGGUGCCUGUCACCUUCUUAAAAAAGGAGCCCAAAGUUGAAGAGACCCCUAUGCCUACCACAUCUCCUGCUACUCUACCCUCUUCUCCUUCCUCUGCUACCCCCGCCCCAAACCAGACCUUGUCUCCAGAGGAGGACCCCCUUCCAGGCACUGCAUCUCUCAUGAGCAGGCCAAGAGGACGUGGUCGCCCCCGAAAAAUCAAACCGGAAGUUGAGCUUCACCUCCGCACAGCGAAGAUCCGCCGCCGGCGUCGAAGUAGCAUCAGGUCUGGUGGCGAAGAAGGGCCAGGAUCACCGAACAGUGGCACACAAGACCUCACACAAGCUGCUUUCCAGAACUGGCUCAGCCAAUCACAGGAAACGAUGACCAACGGCACAUGCGCAGCAUCAGGAGAAGCUCCAGACGAAACCCAACCAGAGGAGAGUGUGAAGGAGAUGGCAGAGAAACAGGGACAGUGGUUCAAUCUGCUCCCCAAACAGCCGUGUGAUAAUCUCUCUCUCACUGAGCCCCAGCUGCCCACUUCACCUACUUCACCUCCUAAACUCCUCCCUCAGAUUCCGAGUACUCUGCCUGCACUCGCUGCUCCACUCAUGCAGCCGGACCCACUCUUGCCUGACUUGGCUCCUGCUGACCCUGUGACCUCAGCAACACCACAGGAAAUCCCCCCUACAACCCUUACCUCUGCACAUCCUGACACUGCCCCACCACCACUCCCUCAGCUCCUUCCAGCUCCCAUUCCUCCUUCUCUCAUUUCUCCUGCUGCCCCUUCCACUCCCACCACCCCUGCCAGGCCAGGUCGCAGGCGGAGGAGAGGCAGCAGAGGCAGCAGUCCUGCCCGCAGAGGGCCACGAGGAGCUGCAGCCAAACGUCGUGGCCGCCCUCCCAACUCUGUGUUCCAGGAGCUGGAGCAACAGUACUUCACACAGCUUGUGGUCAAACCCAUUCCAGCAUCAAUGGUGCGUGGCUGGUGGUGGAUCAAGGAGCCAGAGGAACUGUUAAACACCUUACAGGCCCUUCACCCAAGAGGCAUCAGGGAAAAGGUCCUCCAUAAACAUUUGGCCAAACAUAUAGAGAGCUUAACUGAAAUGUGCACCAAAUCUAUUACCGACCCAAUAUUUGAGUUGAAGGUAGAGGAGAAAGGUGUGCUCAUGGAGGUUCUGCAGCACCCGCUGCAAGUGCAGGAGAAGGCUAUGGAGACUGACGUCAUCGCCCUGCAGUGGGUGGAGGACCUAGAGCAGCGAGUCAUUGCUGCUGACCUCCAUCUGAAGGCACCUCCUCAGAGCGCAGUGAAUGAAACUGAAUCUAACACAGAGACACCGAUAAUAGAAUUCCAGCCCUACACAAUCCCAGAUCCAGACUCCACACGGGAUGAUCUCCAGUACUACGAACAUGACGCAGACCCACGUGAUGACUGGAUUGUACGAACCAAGAAGGAGUGGUCUGGCCUGCCUCGCAUCGCCACACACCCUCUGGACCUGGCCGUGCUGCGCCUGUCUAACCUUGAGCGAAACAUCGAGAGACGCUACCUGAAGGAGCCCCUGUGGAACCCAUCUGAAGUGAUGCGCCUCGCUCCUCUCACGCCUACACCAGGGGAAGAGCAUCCCAUGGAUGUCAUUAGUCUGGAAAGUGAAAUCACCUCUCGACUACGAACAUGGCGGCAGGCUCUAGAUCGCUGUCGCAGUGCUCCACAGAUUUGUCUGUGUUUGCUCCAGCUGGAGAAGGCCAUUGCUUGGGAGAGAUCUGUGACUAAAGUGAAUUGUCAGGUUUGCAGGAAGGGAGAUAAUGAUGAGUGCCUGUUGCUGUGUGAUGGCUGUGAUCGUGGCUGCCACAUGUACUGCCUGAAGCCCAAAAUCACUCAGGUGCCAGAGGGAGACUGGUUUUGUCCCACCUGUGUUGCCAGGGAGGAAGAUGAAUCAGAGCGCUUGACGAAAACCAGGUUCAGGGUGAAAAAGAGAAGAUAUGAAGAUGAAAGCUCUGAAGAUGAAACCACAACACGACGUAGUUCUGGGAUGGCAACACGGAACAAGGAGACCGUGGCACCGACUUCGUCCUCGCGUUACUCUGGAGAAGGAGGUGGCACUAAACGCCGCCGGAUGACAACCCGCAACCAGCCUGACCUCACCUUCUGCGAGAUCAUUCUGAUGGAGAUGGAGGCUCAUGCAGAAGCCUGGCCGUUCCUUGAACCCGUCAACCCCCGACUGGUGCCAGGCUACCGUCGCAUCGUCAAGAACCCGAUGGACUUCCUCACCAUGAGAGAGAAACUGCUACAGGGAGGGUACUGCAGCUGUGAGGAGUUUGCGGCAGAUGCUCAGUUGGUCUUCAACAACUGUGAGCUUUUCAACGAGGACACAUCAGAGGUGGGAAUGGCCGGACACUCCAUGAGACGCUUUUUUGAGAGCCGCUGGGCGGAGUUCUACUCAAAUAAGGACAAAUAGGAGCCUGCGACGUUCUCCCUGAUGGUGGGGCUGUAGACUGUUGGUGCUCUCACUGUCCCAGUCACACUCUCCGUGUUACUGCUAAGACUGUCUGGAGGUUCUUCCAGCCGUGUGUAUUCUCUCAUGUAUAAGUAUAUAUGUAUAGAUUUUGGCUAUUGUCUGUUAUUGUUUCCUCUACAGGCCGACUCUUUUCCAGGCCCACAGCUGAACUGGCUUGAACUCGUAGCCAUUCCCCAUCAAAGAGAGUGAGAACACGUCUCUCUUCACUUUUCCUUCCUCCUUAACAUUUCUCCUCAUCGUCACCACAGCACCUCAUCCUCAUUCUCCUGUCAUGUCCUUUAACAAACACCGUGUCGUAGCGAGGCCAAUUCAAUCGCUGCUGCGGGUGAUGACACGUCUCAGGCCCUGAGUAUUUUGACUCUCCGACUCGUACUGAAGGUCAGGGACUGAUCACACUAUUGUAGCUGAACGGCUGCUCACUGGACCUGCUUAGCAUCGCUCAACGACAAAAUGGAUCAAAACUCUUCACAGAGCUUGCACCAUUUCUUACCUGUUCAAUGGAAAUUUAAUGUAACGUGGUCUUAUGCCUAGAAGUAAUUUUUUGCUCAAUAUAUUUUUAUUAUAUAUUCUAUAUAUAAAUAUAUAUAAAGAUUACAAUAGCUGGGAUUAUUUAAUAGCAAUAGCUUGUAGUGAACGUGUACAGAUUACCUUAUAGAGAUGUCUAGACGAUUUAUGAAAAAGGCCAGUUAAACUAAAAGGAAUCUGUUCUUGGACUGUCACAAGUAGACGUUGUAUAACCUCCACUUAAAGUCUUGCACGCACACAUACACACUGUUCACCAACACACACAUGCACAACACACACAUGAUUUCACACACACAUUACCCACCUUCUGCUGCUGUGUGAAAGACACUGGUUUCUGAAACUGGAGGACUUUUAAUGUUGGUCGGUCAGUGGGGACUGAGACGCAUUUCACUGUCCCUUGUGUUAAGAGUAGAUAAUCAGUGUGUUGCAUCAGACCUGUGUCACCACUCGGAGGAUGCUACUGACGUUUUAGCACCUGCUGAAUAGUCUGAUUAGAGAACACAGCUCACACUGAAAUGUUGCUCUUACUUAAUGUAAAAUUCCCUCAAGAUAAGACGAUGUUUGCAGCUUCAAAACUACAACUGAGCGACCAGGUGAAAACUUCUGAAGGUGGUUUUAUGUGAGGUUAAAAAUCCUCAUUUUAAAGACUAGAAUUUCAAAUGAGCUCUGAUAAUGAAGCAUUGGGCAACUGCCCAGUUUUCUGACUUGCAUUCCUUUUCAUGGUUUUGUUAUGGUUUUGUUUUUGCUGUACAAGGGCCAAUGUACAAUGUUGUGCGGCAUGGGUGGUGUUCUAUGAAGGCGACAGGAUGACUCCACAGUCCAGGUUUUAUUUAAACUUGUUUCUUACACUGAACUCAAAUCCGUUGAUAGGAAAUAAACUUUGCUGUUCCUUAUUUCACUUAAAGGGACGAGACGUUUUUUUCAAAAAAGAAAAAAAAAAAGACAUGACAACCAAAUGUGGUGUUAAGUGAAUUUUUAAUAAUGUACAGUUUUGGUGACUUUAAAUUUUGUUCCUUUAUAUUUUUAGGACCAAUUCAUCAUUUUUAAGAGGAGGUAUUACAAGACUCUGUUGUAUUAAGGUGAUGUAACACGUGUGCAUCUGUAGAAUGUACUGUGAGUUGAAUAAAAACCACACCUAGUA